AUGGACACGCACCAAGCCUAUAGAACUCUCGAUCCACUGAAGAAAGAGAUCCGACUUCUGCGAAUUGAAGCGACUUCGAAGCCAGCUGCUGUGCAAGACCUUGAUAAUGUUAUAACAUGCUCGCUGGAAACAGUAGCUCUUCGCGAUGCCAACCCGUUCUAUGCUCUCUCCUACACAUGGGGAGAGCCUGAGACUACUGCGCGCAUCGUUCUACAGGGGCAGGUGAUGUUGAUUAGAAUCAACCUCUGGAAUUUCCUAUCGGCACUCCGGACACGCUUCUGUGCACACCCCUCAGAUACAAUCAGGGUAUGGGCCGACUAUGUCUGUAUCAAACAGGGGGACGGAGAAGAGAAGAAGUCUCAGAUUAGCAUCAUGGGCGACAUAUACAAAGCAGCGGACGCCGUCUAUGCAUGGCUUGGCGAUCUUGAUUGCCAUGGACACAGCGACGUAGAAUGUGGUCGAGCUGCAAGCCAGACUCAGGAAUUGAAUCACAGAUGGUGCACAAUGGCUCCUGCGGACGGGUACGAGCUCCAGAAAAUGGCGGAAAGCAAGUAUUGGACGCGACUGUGGAUCAAACAAGAAGUCAUAUUGGCAAAGGACAUUUGGUUCCUCUACGGCAACUGCGUAGCACAUUGGAAAGAAUUGCGACUCGCCAAAAUUUCAAGGCGAGAUAGACUUCGACAGUCACGCGGGCUCUCAACAAAUGCUGAUACCGAACGACCCACCUCCGAGCUCAUGACAUCUCUGCUGAACUCGCGGGCUUUAAAAAGUCGGCACGAUGGGCUUCCGGAGCUUGUCAGAAGAUUCAGGGAUGCUGAAUGCUAUGACCCAAGAGAUCGGAUAUAUGCCUUGCUAUCUCUCGUAGAUCCGUCGAUCCGGCAUCAUAUCGCUGCUGACUAUACGAAAACAUUCCUACAGGUACUCCUCGAUAGUUAUCCUUAUUGGUCGGGUCAGCCCGUGACGUGGCUGCAUCCAACCAACCCAGCACGCAAAACACCGAUCUUUCAAUACCAGUCCUUCGUGGCCCAGAUGUUGAUGAUACUGGGCCCGAACAAAUUGCAUUUGAUAUCCGGCGAGAAGGAGUUGGCUGGUGACACUACCGUCCAAGCCAUCUUCACCACAUCUGGCUUGUUAGAAGUUUCCGGCGUCAAGGUCGUCGCCUCGAUCAGACAUAGUACUCCUACACCUGAAUCUGAAGCUCAGCAAUCAGCAUGGCAGGGAUCCGCUUUCGUCCUGAAAGUCGUUGUUGCAACUCCGCUACCAGAUGAACCUUAUCAUCGACGAGCAUAUAUGGUAUAUGCGAACGCGCAACUUGCAGAAGGUGACUUGGUGGGCAGAAUUGGAAAUCAGAUGUUCUUUCUCCGUCAUCAAGGCAACAAAGCUGGCACUUUAGGAGGCCAGGAGUUUAUCCUCCAAGCCGUGGGGACUGAAGCUCUGCCUUUGAAGUCUAGCAACCAUCGCAACGUUCAAUCGAGUAUCGCGUUAUUCCAUCACCACUGUCGUUGGUAUAGGUCUCGGCCCGCGACGGCACUUUUCCAGCUGGUUGACACUAGCUGCCACGAGGAAGGGCAAUGUCAGACACCUUUGGCGGCCAGAGGUGGUGUCUCGAUAUUGUAUAAUGCUUCCGCUCUGGUCACUCUGCUAGUUGCUUCGAAUAUGUUCCAAAUCGACGGGCCGCAGCGAGACUGGGAAGAGGAGGAUGAUCUGCCCGACAUGUGGGCUUCUUGGAUGAUUGAAGAAGACAGCCGCGUUUUAGGUUCGUGCGGUACGUGCAGGGUGACCAGGCGGCCCUCGAUUGAAGGACAACGCGGAGAUCUUGUUGAAGGAUUCAAGAAUGAGUGCAACUGCAAGCGGAUGGCGCAACAGUCCCGAUAUGAACUUUAG